UUCUUCCUCAUUUAUUUAGGAACGUGAAGCAAUGGAACGCGAAUACGCGGCGGCGUGUCGACGACUGUCCGGCGACUGGAGAGCCUUAGAAAGAGGCUGGGCGCACAGACGGAGAGCUUUAAGAUAUAGACAAAAAGAGCUCACCGCACGGAUACAACGGUUGACUGCAUUGAAGGAUACACAUCAGAGCUGUAUCGAGAACGAGGAAGGUCAUGCAGGAGCACUGCGCGCCGAGAUCGCGGGCAAGCACAAUGAGCUCGACGGCUUCAUCAGAAGCAGCGUGCGCGAACUGGUCGCGCAGGGAUACCAACUUGACGAGACUUCCUCGCCGGACGACAGCCCGUCGUCCGAGACUUCAACGGAGUGUCUGAUGCAUUUGUUGCAGCAGUGCGACCCGAAGACCGCCACUAGCAUCAAGGAGACCGUUGAGCGACACAAAAAAGAACUAACCGACCUAGAAGAAGAGCUACAAAGUCGAAUGGCUUCUGUUGCUUCGCACCGCGUUAAAAUUGAAAGACUGCAGGCCGAGCUGGCGUUGUUGGGAGCACAGGAUCUGGGCUUAAAACAUGCGCUGGCAUCGGAUUUAAGCCCGGGGAACUCUAAGGGAGACAGCGAUAGCCCGCCAAUGGAGGGCGUGAAGCGCAGCAAAUCUGAACUAGUGCUACGAAGAACGCCGCGUGAGGAGGUGCUGGAACCAUUAUCUGCUGACGAACGCGAGGAGUACCGCAAGAAGAGAAUGAGCCUUAGCCUCAGCCUGGACCCUCUGGCAUCUCCUUCCACGGUGGCUGAGGACACCUUCCACACAGCCACCUCAUCACCUCCCGCCCUCCCAUCCGAGUCCACGUUACCCACGCCGUCCACUACCGAGCAGGAGCUGUCCAAAGAGGAGCCGCUGCCCACACCACAGUUCAGAUUAGGACCCGUGCCUGUCGACAGCGAUGACAUGUCCAGUACCGAGGAUUAUCAUAGGCCACGAAUAGUGGAAGGCCAAUCAUCAAGUUCAAUAGAGCGGUCACCCGAAGAGCGACAUCAGAGAGCAAAAUACAGAAGAAGAAUGGCAGGUGAUGGCAAAACAGGCAGGAGACAAGUUACAGAAGCCGAAGCAUUGCGAGCGAUGCAGCGGCUAUGCUCGAGAAUCGCCUCUCAAAAGAUGCUCGUCAUAUCUUCGCUCGAGAACGAUUGCUCGAAAGAGGAACUUAACAGGCAAAUUGCGGUCCUCCAAGAACUCCAGAAGAAGUACGUUCGGUUAGAAAUGGCUCUCCAGUACUCGUUCUUCGACAACCAGAACAACCGUCGUUCGAUGAUGGUGACACCUAUCCAGGAGACGCCCUCGCUGACACUGUCGGAGAGUGACAUGCAGGUUGCAACGGAGCCCGAAAAUGGCGAGAACGGCAAUGGACUCGUACAGGAUCCACUUAUCAGCAGGUUAAAAGAACAAGAAAUAGAAGCGUCAGAUAACGUGUCAACAUCCAACGACGAGCUACCAUCAGAACACCAAGAGAUAUGGGACGACCCGCUACGUCGGCGGUCGUCUUCUGACAGCUCGACGCA